AUGACAGAAAAGAAAGCGUUCAUUGAAGUGAUAGACGAUUCAUUACCAUCGUCACAAAAUAAGCCCUCGUUAAUAAGUAGAAAUAUCGAUCAGGAUGAUAUUGCUACGUCGAAUGUAUCAAUGAAACUUUCAACAAAAGAUCCAAAGAAUUGGACUAAUAAAAAGAAAUUCUCAGUCUUAUUUAUUUCUUCAUUCGCUAUACCUAUUCUUCCAAUAUCAAUCUCAAUAUAUUAUCCGGCCCUUAUUGCGAUACGUGAAUACUUCAAUACUACACAAUUUAUCGUAAAUAUAUCAGUCGGAUUAUUUAUAUUAUUUAUGGGAUUCAUCCCAUUAGUGGUUGGAUCUUAUGCAAAUAUAUAUGGAAGAAAAAAUAUAUAUAUACUUGUCAUGCUGAUAUUUACAAUUUCAAGUAUGUUAUGUGCAAUAGCAAAAAAUAUCUGGAUAUUGAUCGUGAUGCGAACAUUACAAGCAUUUGGAUCUUCAAGCGUACAAUUUAUAGGAUCGGGUAUUGUGACCGAUAUUUAUAUUUCAAAAGAGAGAGAACAGGCAAACACCAAAAUAUUAUUAGGAUUUUAUUUUGGAGAGUUAACGGGACCUAUAAUAGGAGGAUUACUUACAGAAUUUUUAGGAUGGCAUUCAAUAUUUUGGUUUUUAUCAAUUUACGGAAGUAUCUUAUUAUUAUUGAUAACCUUUUUUAUUCCCGAAACACUUUAUAAUUCAUCCUCAGAAAUCUCAUCUACACCUAUACCAAUGAUAACUGGUUCGAUUACAAACUCAUCAAACACAAAACAAUUUAAUUUAUUAUCACCUUUCAAGUUACUUUUUUAUCCAAAUAUAAUAUUAACAAUUAUUUAUAAUACAACAGCUUGGAUGUUAAUUUAUGUAUUACAUAUCAUAAUUCCUUUUUCAUUUACCAAUAUUUAUAAUUUAUCUUCUUUGUAUAUUGGUUUGGUAUUUCUGGCUCCUGGUAUUGGUUGCAUUAUUGGAAGUAUAUUGGGAAGUCAUUAUUCCGAUUAUUUGAUAAAUAAGUACGAAGAAAAAAAUGGAAAAGAAGAGAGUUAUCCUGAAUUGAGAUUAAAAAGUAUCUGGAUCGGAGUUUUAUUAACAAUCAUAUCAUUUUACAUAUUUGGUUGGAUUUUGGAGAGGAGAGUUGAUAUUAUUUGGCCAUUAAUCAUGAUGUUUAUAGCGAAUUCAACAAUUGCUUAUACUACAGAUUCUUAUCCUGAAGAAUUUAAUGUUUCAAUACUUGCAAUAGGUGAUGCUAUAUCUACUUUAAUAUCAACGAUUGUAAUAAUAUUAACCGUUCCUAUAGCAAAUGAGUUUGGCGUUGGUUGGCUAUUUACUGCUUUAACCUCUAUAGUAUUAUUAAGUAAUAUAUUAAUAAUCUUGGUUUACUUUAAGGGAAGAAAAUGGAGAGAAAAUCAAAAUAUAAAUGAAGAUUUAUAA